AACAUUGCAUCAUCUUUGUUAUGGUUUAUUCGGGAGCACAACAAACCAGGCAUUGUGAAUGAGUGCUUCGUUCAAAUUUUCAAAGAAAACAACGAUAAAACUACAGGAUUUUGAACGAAUUGUUGGCAAGUGUGAAAGAAUGGACAUUCCGCAAAUAGUUGUGCGGCAAGAUAAUCUUUAUGACAACGUUUCUAGCCCAGAAACAGGGCACAAUGAUGAGAGACCUUCUACCUCGAUGGAAUAUAACUAUUUGGCUUUGCCCUUACGACCGAGGCGUUUAAAACGGGAUAGCAUGUCUAGUGUGGACAGUAAUUCAUCUGGAAAACUUUCAAUCGAUGAAGAACAGCCUGAACAAGCCAGUCCAAGCGAAACGCCAAAGAGAACUGGCAAAAAGCGUGGUAGAAAGCCGACGCAAAUGAACCUCGAAGCGAAACUAGAAAGGAGUCGACAGUCGGCACGAGAAUGCAGAGCUAGAAAGAAACUACGUUACCAGGGCCUUGAAGAUACGAUUGCUGAAAAAGAAGCUAGAGUAUAUGCUUUGAGAAAGGAAGUUAACAAGUAUGUUGGCUGGGCAAAGGCGAUUGACAGUGGAACAGUACCUGAUGAUCUUGCCCAUUUUCUUGAUAAAGCACAACCUAAUGUAAAGUCAGAGGAUUGAGGAGGAAGGCUGGCAACUUAUAUUCAUAUGAUAGCGGUAACAUAGCCUGGCAUGUUAUUAUGGUACCCAUCAACCAUAAUCUCCUGUUCCGAAGAAGCCCCCCAAACUACCAUCAUAAAGGUGAUUGACACCAUCCAGGCCACCCUAAGUGAAAGAUGCCCCAUGCAUAACCAUUCAGCAACUACCUACAAUAUGUUUGCAGUACACCACAGUCUUCAUAUUCUGUUAAAUUUAACUGUAAUGACCAUGACUUGAAGUUCAUACACAGUAUAGCCAAAGAAUUCAACAAUGGCUCAUGUGAUUCUUAAAUUACGAUCAAAUAUUUGUAACUGUAUGUUCAGUCAUA